AUGCCUACUCUGGGCUUCCUCAAGAAGAAGCGGACGAAGGACUCGAACGGCUCCAAGGACCUCGACUCGCCGACUUCGCCCAUCAAGGACAGCAACUCGCCCAUCACGCCCACGACAUCGCGCAAGUCGGGCUCCUUCCACCUCCACAAGACCAAGACGAACGAGUCUCUCACCAACACCACAAGCAACACCAGCACCACGGCCGCGGCCGCGCCUGCCGCAGACAGCAAGCCGGCCGACUCGAUGAACCCCGCCUACGCCCAACAGCAGCAGCAGCAGCCGCAGCAGCAGUUUGGCGCCAGUCCGCAGUCCAACCCUACGCCAUCGCACAAUAUCCCCAGCAUACAGAAUCUGAUACACCCCAACAACACUAGCUCGCACCAGUCGGCCCCUAAGAAUGGCGGCGCCGUGCAGUUCCAGACUCAGCCGCUUAACCAGACCCGUGUCACCAAGGGCAAGUACUCGCUGACCGACUUCACCAUCCAGCGGACGCUCGGCACGGGUAGCUUCGGGCGAGUGCAUCUCGUUCAGUCCAAGCACAACCAGCGCUUCUAUGCCGUCAAGGUGCUGAAGAAGGCCCAGGUCGUCAAGAUGAAGCAGGUCGAGCACACCAAUGACGAGCGGCGCAUGCUGCAGCAGGUCAAGCAUCCGUUCCUGAUCACGCUGUGGGGCACCUUUCAAGAUUCCAAGAAUCUCUACAUGGUCAUGGACUUUGUAGAAGGAGGUGAGCUGUUUAGUCUGCUGCGAAAGUCCCAGCGCUUCCCAAACCCGGUUGCCAAGUUCUACGCCGCAGAGGUUACGCUGGCACUCGACUACCUGCACUCGCACAACAUCAUCUACCGAGACUUGAAGCCUGAGAACUUGCUGUUAGAUCGUCAUGGUCAUCUCAAGAUCACUGAUUUCGGCUUCGCGAAAGAGGUUCCCGACAUCACAUGGACACUUUGCGGAACGCCCGACUACUUGGCACCAGAGGUCGUCGCGUCAAAAGGCUACAACAAGUCUGUCGACUGGUGGUCGCUUGGCAUCCUCAUUUUUGAAAUGCUGUGCGGUUUCACUCCCUUCUGGGACGGUGGCUCGCCAAUGAAAAUCUAUGAAAACAUUCUCAAGUCGAGAGUGAAGUAUCCACCAUACAUACACCCUGACGCACACGACUUGCUGCAGAAGCUCAUUACACCCGAUCUUACCAAGCGAUUGGGCAACUUGCACGGCGGAAGCAAGGACGUUAUGAACCAUCCCUGGUUCGCCGAGGUGACGUGGGACCGAUUACAGAAGAAGGACAUUGAUGCACCCUACGUGCCUCCUGUGCGAGCUGGUGUUGGCGAUGCGAGUCAAUUCGAUAAGUAUCCGGAGGAGACGGAAGCAUACGGUCAGGCAGGAGAUGACCCUCAUGGGCACCUAUUUCCCGACUUCUAA